AUGAUAUUUCUUUUAUAUGAUAAUGGAACUGUAGCAAGAAUCAAGUUGUAUUUGACUGGCACUCAAUCUCUUCCUUACUCGAUCGUUGUCGAUGAUUUCAACCAUGAUAAUUGUCUUGAUAUCGCCGUUGCUAAUUAUAAUGCGCAUAAUAUCGAAAUAUUUCUUGGGUAUGGUAACGGUACGUUCGCUAAUUCAAAAGUAUUAUCCACUGGCUCGUCUCGUCCAUUAUUUAUCAACGUUGGAGAUUUGAAUAAUGAUAAUCAAUCAGAUAUAAUAAUCGCUAAUUAUGACACCGACUCUAUUAGUAUACUUCUUGGAAAUGGUGAUGGAUCAUUUAAAAAUGAAAAAAAAUAUUUCACUGGUUAUGAUUCUAGCCCACGUUCAUUAGCUGUUGGAGAUUUCAAUAAAGACAAUCAGUUAGACAUUGCUAUUGCAAAUUAUGGUACCAAUAACAUAGGUAUUCUACUUGGAUAUGGUAACGGAGGUUUUGCAAGCCAACAAAUUUAUACAACUAAUCUGAACUCAAAUCCAAUUUCGAUCGCAAUAGGAGAUUUUAAUAAUGACAAUAAUCUAGAUAUUGUUGUUGCCAAUUAUGGUACUGGUACUGUUGGUGUAUUUCUUAAUUAUGAUAAUGGUACUUUUGCACCGCAAAACACAUAUUCAAUUGGUAUCAAUCCUCUUUUACAAUACGUUACAGUUGGCGAUCUCAACAAUGAUAAUGAAUUGGACAUUGUAAUCGUUGAUUCAAAUAAUGAUCAAGUACAUAUUUUUCCUGGGUAUGGCAAUGGUACAUUCGCUACAAUAUCUACAUAUGAUGUCGUAUCUGGAUCUCGUCCAUUUGCAGUCGCUAUAGCUGACAUUAACAAUGACAACCAAUCAGAUAUUGUUGUGAUCAAUUAUGAAACUAAUAAGUUGCUGAUACUUGAAAUGUGUUCCAUGGAACCAUCUGCAAGACAAAGAAACUAUCUUUUGCAAGCUGCGGCACAUUCGAGUACCGUUGCCAUUGCUGAUUUUAAUAAUAACACUCAUCUCGAUAUAGUCGUUAAUGGUUACGAAGGGAGUAGUGUACGUAUACUAUUCGAUUAUAACAAUGGAACUUUUGCGAGAGAAAUAUCAUACUCGAGUGGCAAUAAUUCGAAUCCACAACAUAUUUGUACUGUUGAUUUGAACAACGACAAUCGAAUAGAUAUUGUCACCGCCAAUUUAGGCUCUGACAGUGUAGGCGUUCUUCUUGGAUACGGCGAUGGAAACUUCACUCCUGCGACAACAUAUUCUGCAGGUAUUGGUUCGAGUCCAAGGUUCGUCGUUGUUAAAGAUAUUGAUAAUGAUAGUCACUUAGAUAUUAUUUCUGCUAAUAGAGGCAGUAGUAUAGGCGUUUUUUUUGGAUAUGGUAAUGGAAGUUUUGCCUCUGUGAUGACGUAUUCAACCGGUAUGGGUUCGUUUCCAGCAUCAGUUGCUGUUGGUGAUGUUAAUAAUGACAAUCAGCUAGAUAUUGUUGUCUCUAUCAUAAAUCCUGACGGUAUAGUUGUUUUUCAGGCUCAUAACAAAACAACUUUCAGUAUGAUAAUGUUUUAUUCAACUGGUUAUGAUUCCGCUCCUGUUUCAAUUGCUCUAGCUGAUUUCGAUAAUGAUAAUCAAUUGGAUAUUGUCGUCGCUAACUCACGUGCCAAUAACGUGCGCAUUCUAUUUGGACUUGGGAAUGGAACAUUCGAUAGACAAAGAACUUAUGAAACUGGUUCUGAGUCGUUACCAUACUUCGUUGUUGUUACUGAUUUUAACCACGACAAUCAACUAGAUAUUGCUAUCACAUAUUUGCGCAAUGACAAAGUAGUUAUAUUUUCUGGACAUGGUAAUGGAGAUUUCGAACUUAUAAGAACGUAUUCUGUUGGGACUGGUUCCCAUCCAUAUGGUCUCGCCGUUGCUGAUUUUAAUAAUGAUAAGAAAUUAGAAAUAGUUGUUACACUUUGGGGUAAUGGAUAUGUUGCUAUACUAACUGAAUAUUAUGCUGCAAAAUUUGCAGAGCAAAUCAUGUACCCUAUGGGUCUUGCUCCACAACCAUAUUCAGUAGCUGCUGGUGAUUUCAAUAGAGAUAAUCAAUCAGAUAUCGUUGUCGCUAAUUCAGGCACUGAUACCAUAGAUGUACGUAUUAAUUUAGGCAAUAAUACGUUUGCAACAUAUAUAAUGUCCUCCACUUACACUGGUUUAUAUCCGCGAUAUGUCAAUGUUGCUGAUAUUGAUAAUGACGACAAUCUUGAUAUUGUCACUGUCUAUUCACAAAGUGACAGUGUUAGUGUGAAUUUGGGAUACGGCAAUGGGAGCUUUAAAGCUGCAACAAUAUAUUCUACAGGAGCUGCUGGUUCACAUCCGUGUUCAAUCGUAUUUGGUGAUCUCAAUAAUGAUAGUCGAUUAGAUUUGAUCAUUGCUAAUGAAGGCACAGAUAACAUAGCAGUUCUUCUCGGAUAUAACUACACAACGUUUCAUAAACAGAAAACAUAUAAAGCGGUAGGUAGUUUUGGACCGCGUCAAGUCGUCGUGGGCGAUUUCAAUAAUGACAGCUAUCCAGACGUUGCCGUUGUCUUUUACACAACUUAUCAACUAGGUAUUUUUCUCGGAGAUGGUAAUGGAAGUUUUAAUGUUGUGUUAAUUUAUUCAACUACAAUAGGCUCAACUCCGUAUGCACUAACUGUCGGUGACAUCAACAAGGACGGACGAUUGGAUGUGAUCGUGGCUAACAUGGGCACUAAUAAUGUUGGUGUCUUUCUCGGAUAUGGUAAUGGAAGUUUUGCUAGUGUCAUGACUUUUUCAACUGGAAUUGGUUCUAUGCCGUACUCAGUCGCCGUAGCUGAUUUCAACGAUGACGGCCGAUUGGAUAUAGUGGUGAUUAAUAUUGGUACUAAAACUAUAGGCAUUUUAUAUGGAUAUGGUAAUGGAAGUUUUGCUGUGAUGGUUACUUAUCUAACUGGAGAGAAUUAUGUUCCAACGGCAGUCACAGUUGGUGAUUUCAACAAUGACAGUCAAGUAGAUAUAGCUGUUGUUAAUACUGAUGCCAACAAUGUUGGUAUUUUUCUUGGAUAUGGUAAUGGGAGUUUUACAAAACAAGUGACCUACUCAACACGUUAUGGAACUCGUCCAUAUUGGGUUGCAUUAGGAGACUUCAACAACGACAAUAAAAUCGAUAUGGUUACUGCAAAUCAUUAUGAUAAUAGUAUAAGUAUUUUUUUGGGACAUGGAAAUGGAUCUUUUUCUGACGUCAAAACAUAUGGAACCGGUGAUGGUGCCAUGCCGAUGUAUGUUACUGUUGGUGAUUUCAAUAACGAUCAUAAAUUAGAUGUUGCUGUCGUCAGUUAUGGAACUAACGGUAUUGUUGUGAACUUUGGAUUAGGAGAUGGAACCUUCUUAGGAGGAGAUCUAUAUUCAACGGGUACUGGAUCUGAACCGAAUACAUUAGAAACUGGCGAUUUCAACAAAGAUGGGCGAUUGGAUAUUAUUGUUUCUAAUCCUGGCUCAGAUACUAUAGGUUUGUUUCUUGGUAAUGAUAGCAAGCCUUUUGCUAAUGUAAAGUUAGGUCGUACUGGUGUUGGUUCACAGCCACAAUCGGUUGCACUUGGUGAUUUCAACAACGAUGGUAUAUCAGAUAUUGUCGUAGCUAAUUAUGGCAACAACAACGUAGGUAUUUUUCUUGGACUUGGUCGUGCACUUUUUGAUACUAUGUUAACAUAUUCCACUGGAGUUGAUUCUAGUCCGUACUUCGUUGCGGUCGAGGAUUUAAAUAAUGAUAAUCGAUCUGAUAUUGUUGUGGCCAAUUUUAAAACUGAUAAUAUUGCUAUUCUUCUUGGUUAUGGCAAUGGUACAUUCACCACUGCUGUAAUACAUACAACAGGAUAUCGUUCUCGUCCAUCCGCAGUCGCCAUAGCAGAUUUUGAUAAAGAUAAUAUAUUAGAUAUUGCUGUUGCAAAUUCUGGCACAAGCACUGUACUUUUAUUAUACGGAAAUGGGAACGGAACAUUUAGAAACGAAGAAUUGUAUCCAUUAGGAUAUGGCUAUCUUCCUUAUUCAAUUGCUGUUACAGACUUGAAUCACAAUGGUUUUAUGGACAUUGUUAUAGCGUGUUAUGGCACAGAUAACAUAGAAAUUCUACUAAAAAUUUGCUAA